AUGCGUGACGAACUACAUGCCUCGUCGCCGGUCGACGAGCAGACUGGUGCUUCGCUCGGUCUCCCCAAGCGCCCACAGCCGAAACAGAGUUCCGGUGGCUCCAGCAUGAACGGACCGCUGUACAUGCAGACCUCGGGGAGCAACGUUGUACUCGUCAGGAAGUUGAAGCGCAAGGAGGAGAGCUUCUGGCGAGCAGCAGCACGCUGGUUUGUUGAGAACCAAGUCGGUCUUUCGUUCAACCUCAUCGCCCUCCUUUUCCUCGCGCAUGGGUUCAUUCCCAAAGCGCGAUCCGUCACGCACAAAUUCUUUCACCUCUCCUACUUGAACGACACGACAGGACGAUAUGGCGUGGGGAUUGACGAUGUCUACUUGAUAGCGUUCUGCGUUGUGGCUUUCACAGGCCUGCGGGCGUGGACUAUGGAGUAUGUGCUUGCUCCCAUCGCCAAGAUGGGGGGCGUCACGAAGCGCAAGGACUUGACUCGCUUCAGCGAGCAGGCCUGGUUGCUGGUCUACUACUGCUUCUUGUGGCCACUGGGCAUGUACAUUUACUGCAACUCGCCGCACUAUCUGAAUCUACGCGAACUGUGGACAGCCUGGCCCAACCGCGAGAUGGACGGUCUGAUGAAGGGAUACAUCCUAGUGCAAUGGGCGUUCUGGAUCCAGCAAAUCCUGGUCAUUCACGUGGAGGAAAAGCGCAAGGAUCACUACCAGAUGCUGAGCCACCACUUUGUGACGUGCGCUCUCAUCUCUUCAUGUUACAGCUAUCACCACACCCGCGUGGGCAACCUGAUUCUGGUCAUCAUGGAUGUUGUGGAUUUGUUCCUGCCGCUUGCCAAGUGCCUGAAGUACGCGGGCUACACCACUAUUUGCGACUACCUCUUUGGACUUUUCAUGAUUUCGUGGCUACUCGCGCGCCAUGUGACGUAUUGCGCUGUCUGCUGGUCGAUUUACGCGCACACGCCGGAGAUCAUGCCCACGGGCUGCUUCAAGGGCAGCAACAACAACCUCGUUGGGCCUGUCGACCCGCCACCGGGCUACGGGUAUCUUUUGGAGCCAUUCUACAACUCGAGCGGCCACGUGUGCUACAAUGAGACGGUGAAAUGGGCCUUCCUCACGCCGCUCAUCAUUCUCCAGUUUAUCACCAUCUUCUGGUUCACCCUGAUCAUCCGCGUGGCCGUCAAGGUCCUCCGCGGUGCAGGUGCCGAGGACACCCGCAGUGACGACGAGGCGGUGGCCGAAGAGAGUGAGGACGAGUACGUCUACGAGGAAGCCGAGGCGCUCAAGCAGGACGUCGGCGUCGAAUCGCUGGACCUCAAGGGCUGGGAACGCAGACACGGCAAGUUCCAGUCGAGCAGCUCGGGGGUGAGUCUGCCGGGGCACAGCGACCGGAAAGAGCUUCUGGGCCGCAUCGGGUGCGACAAGCAGGUGGAUUAG